UAUCGAUUACAUCAGGUCUCACACAAGCGGCUGUUCUGCUGUGCUCUUCUUCACAUGGCUGCCACAAACCCACAACCAGUCUCGGGUGACGAGCUAGACGACAUCCUAAGCGGAAUUGCAGCAGAAGGAGGCUAUGGCCCCGUUGGCCAAUCGCAGCCAGAGCGCACAACCAUUAGCAACAAAGUAGAUACAGGCCUCGGUAUCGAUGAAGAGAUCGUAGUCACGAAGAAACGCAUACCUAUACCAAAGCUCGACGAUGUGAGGUUACGCUCAGAGGCAGGCAUUCCGCGUCUGCGGAGGAUCUCCAAAGAAAGGCUGCGCUUCAAGGGCAAGGGGCAUGAGUAUGGAGACAUCGCACGCAUGCUGAACAUGUACCAAUUAUGGCUCGACGACCUCUACCCUCGUGCGAAGUUCGCAGACGCGCUAGCCAUCAUCGAGAAGGUGGGACACACAAAACGAAUGCAAGUGGACAGAAAGGCUUGGAUGGACGAAGGAAAACCGAAGCAUACUGUGGAAGAGGACGAUUUCGAUCUAGAUGUCCACGUUCCUGACGAGGUUCCUGCACCCGAUCAAACAGAGACUGUGGAAGGACAGGAGUCAGAGGCAAUAGUCGUGGAGCUACAGCCUAGUGUCGAAGCAUCUGGGAACUCUCGCAGCCAUCCGCAACUUGAGGCCGAAGAGCCUGAUGAGGACGAACUGGACGCGUUGCUAGCCGACAGUGGACAGACAGACCUCUUGGCACCAACAGCGAUUCCUUCACGGACGUUACAAGCCCAGAACGACCCCUUCGCGGACGAAAUGGAGGCUAUGGAGGGGAUGGAAGAUAUGUGGUAACUGUGCUUUGCUACAGUCUAUAAACAGGAAGGCCGCCUACGGAUUAUGACGUUGCAUAGCACGGCGUUUGAAAGAAGUCUUUUCAAAUAAUGAUUGUACGAAUAUAUCCUCAAUUAUGAUGUGAUAAAUCUCAUGCAGGAACAAAUACAUGACUUCUGGCUGGGAG